UGGACGUAAAAGGCCGCCAAAGGUCGGUCCGUCCAAGCCCACGCCCGAGCCGCCGCCACAACACUGGCCUACACUGCACCAUGGCGGCCUGGCGGGGAGCACUCGCUGCCGGAGCCUUCCUUCUGCCCGCCGCCCGCCUGCCACUGCACCGGACCGUCUGCUGCUCAGCUCAAGUGUUUGGUAUCAAAUCACGAUGGGUUGCUCCUCUUUACCGAGAACUGAAGCACAGACACAAGAGAAUGGAGCAGAAGAGGAAGGAGAAAGGUGAAGUUGUCAUCAAUAAGCGAUCAGAAUUCAUUGAAUGGAAUUACAAUGCUGAACUGUAUGCAUUCAGCAAGAGGCUACAGGAGGAAUUUGACUCCGAUGCUCUUCGUGAGGCCUUAACGCAUGCCUCAUACAUACACAAAUCGAGACAACGACAGCAGGAGCUCGGCGUGAGUUACCCUGGCAGGGCAAUGGAGGACAUCAAUGAGAUUGCGGCCAAGGGGGAGCGGGUGAUUGCUGAUUACUGCACCGCUUACCUGCGUGCUGCCCUGCCCCUGCUGCCUGAGGAGGGGGUGAGCUCACUGGUGGACUAUUUGCUAUCAGAAGAUGUUAUGUCAGCAGUUGGCUAUGGAAUCGGCCUGAGAGAUCUUGUGUUGUGUGAGGAGCAUCCGCCCUCCCCCAGCACGAUGGCAAGGUGUUUCCAGGCAGUCGUUGGGGCCCUGAGUGUGUCGUCGCCUGACCCACGCUGCCAGGCCUUCGUACGCGACUUUGUGGUGGCGCAGCUGGUGGGGAAGGAGGUGGACUCCAUCUGGAAGAUCGAGAACCCCAAGGCAGUGCUGGCAGACAUCCUUCACAAGAGCAGCCGCGGUGAACCUGAGCCACGACUGAUCUUUCAGUCCGGUACAACGACUCUCCAGGCAGUGUACCACGUGGGCAUAUACUCAGACAAGGAGUUCCUGGGCUCUGGUAAGGGCCAUUUCUUAGGAAUCUUCAGUGCUUUAGUCAGACUCUGUAGCACCCCACAAUUUUUUGGUUACGGGAAUCUGUGGAGACCAAGGUGGAGGAGGCAGCUCAUGAUGCCCUCAAGGCUCUUCCAGAUCACAGAGUCAGCGCCACCUCUGCCGUUCGGGAAGGAAGCGGAGGCCCUUCUCCUUAAGAGUAAGUCAAACAUUUCUCUCGAUGAGUGGUCCAUAGACAAAGUCAAAAAUGUGUUUGUGUGUUGAGUGUUUCAAAGCUGCAUUUUGUUACCGUUAAGAAGAGGUUGAUCCAGGGCUGAACAAAACAAAAAUGCCUGCAAUGUGAUGGUAAAAACAGGAGAUGCCAAGGAAUUGUCAAUCAAUACACCUCUUGAAAGGUUUGUUGCAGUAUUGUAAAUAUUGAAUAAAGCUUUUGAGUA